CUUUCUUGAAGCAAUAAGCAAAAAAAAACCUUAAUAACAUCAUUUAUAUUCUUUAUGGAAACGAAUAGAAUUGGUUUCGGUCUGAGCAACUCGACAGUACUAAGAUCUCCGAGUAGUUGGUGUUUCUAACAUUCCAAAUUGCCACUGAAAUCUUUACCUGACAUGUUCUCACUAUAAGCACCUACAGCGACAUUUUCUUAAGUGUCUAUUUCUGAGACAAGUUCCACCAUGUAUUACUAUUAGAAAAACUAUAUGCUUAUACCACCACUGCCUACAUAAAGUCUCGGUAGUUGAACCUGAUCCAAACAGUUGUCGAAUUCUCGAUACUUAGCGUUAAUGAACAUUAAUAAUUAAGGCAGAAACGCCCUGCCAUUUAUUUUAAUGAAUUAAUUUUUGAAGAUUACGACAGCAAUCUUGAAAACUUUUUCAUCAACAGCAGAAUGCAAACGGAAUAAAUCGACAUACAAUGUAUUACUUCAUGUUACCUACAUCUUAAGUUAUCUUCGGCGUAAAGCUUUCCACAUGUACUUUGAAGGGUUGCUUCCGUUAUUUUUCUUGCCCAAAAAGGCGUUGUUUGCCUCAGUCCAUAUGCACUAAUGUUCCUCAUCAAAUUUAAUCGUUAACUUCAAAAAGGCUGUUUACAGAUGUAUUUUGUCAGAUGUCGAAUAUUAAAUGCAUAAAGCGGGCCCAACUCUUGAUUAUCUUUGGAUUUCGUCGAAAACCAUCUACCAUGGUUUCCAUUAGGUAAGAAGAACCCUCGAUAAAUUUACGAACAAAGUAAAAAAACAAAAACAGAAAAAAACAACAUUUCGUUUGCGUACAAAAGGAAGGAAUUCAGAGAAGUAUUUAAGUCAACAGCCAAUCGUCUUCGAUAAAAUGUUAAUUGAACGACCUUGGACGUGUUGACACGAAACAUGCAAUUUACUUUUGUUGAACACUUCCACGACUAAAAACAUAGUAAAAGAAGAAAAGAUUUUAACUUAAGAACGCGGAUAUACGGGUUAGGAGUGCUCAGCUCGUGGGAGUCGUAUCGAUAAGAGUCAGAUGUCAGCUUACAUUCCCCUAUCGUGGGAGCGUCUUGGGAUCCAGAAUCGUCUUAGAGGGCACCUUAAUUACUGACCUUACAGGAAGCUAUUUAUGUCCUUGGUUCGUCAUUAGGGUGCUAUUUGUCAACACAUUAAUGUUUAGUGCCAUUACGGCUCUGUGCAUUUAAGUCUUGACAUCAGUGAUAGCAUCAGUUAUCAGUUUAUUUUAAGCGCGUAGGUGACAAGCAAAUUGGGAAUCGUCUCUGGUUUCACGAUAUCAUUAGGAUGUUUUUGCAAAUCAAUUUGAGGCGAUUAAAAUUAUAAAAUCUGCAUGCUUUAAAGGCCAGCGUUGCCUGUCAAAAUGUUUUCCGAUGGAAAUGGAUUGAAAGUCCGUGAUUAAAUUAUCAGUUAUUACGGCUAGCUUUGGGCGAAGAGGCGCCAAGCGGAAGAGAGAAGCGCAGAAAUUGCAAACCAAUUAAAACUUUAAAAAGCUGCUAUUUCAUCCAUUAAAACCAUUACGAUGACCCGGUACCUCUCGCUUCAUGAAUUUCAAAUCACAGACCCGCACUGAUCGCUGUGGUAAUGGCAAAUGUAAAUCUCCUUUUGUGGUCGGCGCUAUGAUGUCUUUGAGGAACAGUCAUCGCAUAAACAAUGAACACUUUCGCAAAUUAUCCACGGUAUUUUAAGGUAAUGGUGCUCUGACAUGACACUGGCAGCACCUGUCUCGUCUACUUAUGUAGCCAAUAUUAAAUGCGAGCGGUGUGAUUAUAAAGUCUACUUCGUUCAGUAAGCGACUGGACGGUGUGUUUUGACUUGUAUCAACCAGCAAAUCGCCAAGACGAUAAAAUCAAGCCAUCAAUUCAGCCUUAUUCAUAAUCCAUCGAGAUGACUUCACAAAAUGGCUCCGUCAACAUUUAGAAGCUGCUGAAAUUAUUACAGGAUUAAAAAAAUAUCCCUUGCAGACGUUGAAGCGAGAAACUAAAGAAGAAAUGUUACUGGAGUAACAAAAGAUCCGCGGAAUUUCAAAGUCAUCGACUAGGGUCAAUUUGGAACUGAAAGUCCUCUGCUAAGGGCACAAGCAAACAUUAAAGCAAGUUGUAAACAGGAACACAAUAAAGGUCAAAAGGUAAGAGAAGCAAUACAUUAUUUCCUGACAGCCGGUCGGAAGUAGUGCUCAUUUUCCAAAAGUAAAUCGGCAGUUAAAGACUUCAAAGCUGUUUGCAGUGUAAAGAUCGUCAUGGCAUCGCCCACGGCGGCCGCGGACAAGGUUCAAGUAAUGAACCACACAAAUGCAUCAAAGCCCGGAAUGUUCCAGAAUGGUUCAUCGGCUGGUGACCUGAACGAUCCACUGAACAUUCUCUCAUUCAGUUUUCUGCUUCUUAUUAUGACUAUGACAUUGUUUGGGAAUGCGCUGGUCAUUCUCGCCUUCAAGAGGAAUACAAAGAUUCGCACAGUGACAAACUAUUUCGUGGUGUCGUUAGCUGUGGCUGAUAUCCUGAUAGCAUUGGUGUCCAUGCCGAUAUGGGCUGCUUAUCUCAUGUCAGGAGUAGAACUCAAACAAGGCCUUCUGAAAGUCUGGACAUUUAUGGAUAUCCUUUGCGGAGUUGCUUCCAUUAUAAACCUGACCGCAAUUAGCAUAGAGAGAUAUUUCUGCAUCACUUACCCGCUCAGUUAUCACACCACAAUGACGUCAGUAAAGGCAAUAACUACCAUAAUCAUAAUUUGGAUUUUUUCCAUCAUUAUGUCGUCGCUCAAGAUUAUCCUAUGGAAGUUGCCUCCGCCGAAAUACGAGCUAAUGGUGGUCAUUAGCUGUUUCUUUGUGCCACUCAUCAUCAUGUGUACCACUUAUAGGUUUAUAUUUAAGACGGCGCGUUUCCAAGCGCGCCAAAUAGCGCUCAUGAUUAACGGCAACGUCAAGAACUUCCUGUUGGCGUCGGAGAUGCGCGCCGCGAAAACGUUAGCCGUUGUAAUGGGCGCCUUUGUCAUCAGUUGGGGGCCAUUCUUCAUUAUAAACAUAGUGUACGGAUUCUGUACUCGAUGCGUUACGCCCGAUUCCGUUGUGGUAGCAAAAUGGAUGCAUUACUCUAACUCUGUUUUCAACCCCAUCGUUUACGCUUGCAUGAACAAGGAGUUCAGGAAAGCAUUUUGCAUUAUCUUAUUUGGACGAAAACGUUGUUGCCGCUUGCGAGGAAGAGCUGAAACAACUACGGAUCAGACAGAGCUCAGUCUGGGAACUCACUUUUAAGAGCGUUGUUGAUAUGUUGACUAAUCAGCGUUAAACCAAAAUUCCAGGAAUGUAUUGUACUUUGCCUCGCUUCGCAUGAGAAAAUAUAUAUUCACUAGACAUUAGUUAAAAAAAAGUUAUUCCAUCUUGGCUCAGUUGCGGAUUAAUAAGGAAGGAAACCAAUGGCAAAUAAGUGAAUUACAUGAUCUAAAUUAUGCUUGAUAACUCUCCUUGACUCGUUAAGACAAAUGGGAUCAUUAUCUCUGCUGCGAGAGAAAAAUUUGGUCCUUUGACAGUUGAUAGUAAGCUUGUUUUUCAUGUAAGUCCUAGCAAGCAAGUGUUUUACCCAGGGUUACCCUUCAGUAGCCUUCUCCGGCCGCUUUGAAACUCUGCGACUCAUUUCUCAUUACUGGCUAUGCAAAUUGUGUACGGUUCUCUAGUGAAAGGGUCCCAAAUUGGAAAUGAGUCGCAUUAAAUCGAAAGUGUUGGUUGAAGUCACAAAUUAGCUUGUUCAACUCUGAUGAAAUCACCUUUUUCAUCAGCGAUAUUAUAACAAUCUGCGCAGAACAAUUAUUUACAAAGCUCGAUUUAUGAGCACAGCAGUAUGUGGCGGACAAGUGCACAAUCGGAACCAGAAAAACUUUUCGCUUAAGAGAGGUGUCCGCUAUUGGGAGGUUAAAAAUGCAGUGUUGUAUUUGGCUGGGAUCAUUGCUGAGUGUCCUCCCAAAAGAGGCGCUCGCUUAGGGGAGGUUUAAAAUGUAUUGUUUGUAUGUGGCUGGGACCAUUACUACCCCCGGGAGGCGUUUGUCAGCGGCGUUGCGAAGGCAGUCUGAAAGAAGGUUGAAUUUGUAACCUUGCGCACAACGAAAGCUUACAAAAGGAUAUUCGGUUUAUAUUGUAGUUUUCCUUUGUUGUACCCACCUGAGAUAACGACAAAUAGGAAUCGUAAUGCAAAUGUACAAUCGUCUUUUCACCAAUUUCUUUCUUAGUAUUGGGUUUGCCUCAGCGCUACCUGCCAUCAUUACUCUGAGACAAUAAACCUUAAGAUCAAAAUCUAGCUUUGUAUCGAAAUCCAAAUUGUAUCAUUUUACUUUAAUUUCUUCAGAAGAAUGAAACGACCAUUAUUAAUAAACUACCGGCGUGCUAUGUUUAAAAGAUAAAAGGCAGUUGUAUUCAAAAAACAAUUUCAAAUGAGAGCAGAUAAGAGCAGAGAUUCUUGUCGCUUGGUGAUUUAAUUUUACUAUUUUGAAAGAUAACAGAUAUCGUUCGGCGCGUGCGCAUUUCAAGGACACUAUUACUUUAACAAACCUGUCAUGUAUUUGGAGAUUCUUUAUCUUAAAAGAACUUGUAAACUGCAUGUUUAUUUUAAAUGAUGAAACACUUACUUCAGUUUUUAAACGUAAAAGGCGUCACCUGUUUUUCUACCAUGGCAACGACCCCUUACGCUCCAGACGACAAGAGAUGUAACUUUCAUGAUUCCUAAAAAGACAUAGGCAGGGAGCCAACGGUACAGUAACUAUGUUUUGAAAACAAGGUCCCUUGUUUCUUAAAGAAUCACUACACCGAUACAUGUAUAUUAUCAAAGGCUGACGGAACAUUAUGACAAAUACCGAAGGCAAAAUAUUUCUAUUUAUAUCUUAGCCGCGAAACAAAUGGAAACAUUCGAAAAAGGUGUCACAUUGUUAUGAUAAACUGGAGCGCUAUUCUUUAUGGCGAAAAUGAACUUCUAAGAAAAAAACAUCUUGUCCAUCUGUGUGGUUGGUGGGCUUAUUGUGAAAACUGAUUGUCUGUAGCAAGACAAAGUAAUUUACAUCCUUUUUACUCUCUUGCUUAACUCGAAUUUUGAGCAUUUCUCUUCGCAUUUGGUAUUCUUUUUGUCGAGGAUUAUUUCACUUUUUUUCACUGCUGCUCGCUUUCCCUUACAGAGCUAAAUCAUUCUUUUGAUGUUCCGCUUUCGCUCCGUCAAAAAGCAACAACUGAAUUUGAUCAUAUGCAAAAUGACCUCUAUCCAAAAAAGACAGAAUAAAUAUUUACAGAUUUUUUUUAUCCUGACUAUAUGUCGGUCGCACAGUCCAUUAAAAAAAAGGUAAAAACGAAGAAAACCCCACCGCCAGCCCUAAAACAAUAAUUAUGAUAAAUUCUGGCCUUGAAUUUCUUCUGGCCUUGUAAUUUCUAAACUGCAAUAGAGCUACGCAGUGUUUUCAAAUCGCCUCACAGCAUAUCAGUGAAUGGUGACACAAUAGCAGGAAAUUGCUUCAGCAUCAUCAUUACGAUUCGGGUAAUGAGGGACUUUUUUAUCUGAAUCCCAUUGAAGGUUACUGUGAAAACCGACAACAUUGCUUAAUGGGGAUUGGCUGAUGCGGUCAAAACAAGUUUUUAUGCCUUUUCAUUAAUUGUUGGAGACAAACGAAUGGGUGUCAUCUUUGAGCGACAUGUCAAGCGCUUUUAGACGAUGAAGAUGAUUUGAGAGCUGAGAAGACGGCACAAAGGUAAGAAACAGAAUAUACCUUUAAAAAUAAGUGUUGUAAGGGACAACAAAGUGCCAAUAUGCUCCUCGCACAAAAAAAAUUCAGUCUAACGCAAACGAAAUUGUUAUGUCCUGGCACUCUCUGACCUUAUACGCAAGCUUACAACGCAAUUUUGGGUUAAAGUACCGACAAAUGCAGGUAAUCUUGUUAGCAUUUGAGAAUUCCAAACACAAAAGUCGGCCAGAGGUGAUGGUGGUGAUCGGGGCAAAAAUAUGGAGUCAAAAACAUGUGCAUCCAAAACGAAAACGAAAAGCAGUAGGUAAGGAAAACAUUACGCAGUAACAACGUCAGAAUAGAACUUAGCUUAAUAUUCGAGUUGUUUUACGAGCGUCAAACGACGAUAUUUAAGAGCAGACAGUUUCAUUUCCAUAAAAAAUAUCUUUUUGGGGCAUUAAGCUAGAAUGCUUUGGUCAAUUAUUUUAUACUUAUUGGAGAAAAAGUGUGUUUGCUGACAAAAUCAAGAAUGAAAACGUAAACAUGAGGUCUCACGUGAAACACCAUACAGCCUCAUACUGUUAUUAUUCGAAUACAAAGAUGUCUUAUAUAAAAUUAAUCGCUUUUCUCUUAUUUCACAAGACGUUGUUGCAUUUUGAAGAAAGUCACUAAGCAAGAACCCCGAUGCUUUUAAGGUGUUAUCAUUAUAUUUAUUCUGAAUUUAUUCGCCUUUUCCGGCUUUCAACUCAAAACACGAAACUCAACUUCCUAAUUUGACAUUAUUCUGUCAGUUCCAGGUUGCCUCUUGAGGCCUGGAGUUAUAGCUAUAUAUGGUAAACAGUUAUCUAAACGACGUCUCGAGCUCAAAAUUUUGUUAACGAGGUGGAAGAGGCAUUCAUUAAGGUUCGAUUUUCUCUUGUCACCUUCGAGAAAAAUAGGCAUUCGGAUUUAAUACGAUCAUAAAAUUUACUUCAUUGUAUAAAAGCUUCAAAUUGUUUCUGAAAGCGUGCAAAUGUUACAAAAUAAAACUUGGAUUAUUGUUGUUUGUGUUACAACAUGGAAAGCCUCGAUUUGCCAACAAAAAUCAACCAAUUUUUUAAAGGAUAUUUUGGUAUUUCACUUUGAGUGAGCUCAAUAAUUUCAAUAUGAAUCUUUAAAAUUUUUAAAAUCUUUAAAAUCUUUAAAAUUUCUAUGAACUUUGGUGGAGCAUUUUUGUUCAUUUUUCUGUGGAUCUUCAGUGCCUGUAUGAUGUUCUUGUGAUGUUCGUGUUGUUCCCACCGACGCAAAGCAGUCGAUAAAUCAUAACACAAAAACAUUUAAAGUAAACGUUACCAAUUGAUCACUAUUCCUCCAAUCGGUUCUUCUUUGUAGACUUUCCGGAUUUCCGCUUUUCCUCCUCUUAAACGUCUUUAAAGUCCUUUGGGGCAAAAUAAAAAUACCUUGCUCUGAAUGAAAUAAACACAACAUUUAGUCGCAUGUGCUAUUUUGCCGUUUGGUGAAAUUCAUGUUUUCAGUAGACGUAAGAUAUAGUUUGCCCUAAAAUGGAAGAAACUAAACUAAUUACAAAAUAACUACCACCACAUUCCUAUUUUUCUAUCAAGUACGUGAGCGUAAAUCACAUCACAGCUGGGGAAUAAAUCCUGUAUUUUAUAUGGCCUAAUAAGUAUAUCAUAUCCGUGUCUCUUUGUACCUUCUCCCCUAAGUAUUGAGAAGGAAAUGGAGGAUGAAUUAAAUUGAACAAAAAAAACACCGUCAAUUGAAAAUAAAUCCUGUCCAUACAGUUAUUCAAAUUCAAUAAAUAUGUUCGCGGGCAAUGAGAAAAUAAAUACAAAACAUGAGAAUCGGGAACAUAGAAGGCUGCAGUAUUUUGUACGCAGGUAAAAUAACAUUGAACCAAAAACCAUUUCAUACGCAAAAUUGAAGGUUUUGUUAACGUGAAUUCCUAUCAUUUUCAAAUUAGCAUAAAUUUCGAUCUGUAUCAUUAAACCAUCGGAAGACACUUCAAGCUAUUCAUACAGUUAUCUAGAUAAAAAUAUGUCUUCUUUUCCAUUACACGCUAUCCUCAAGCAUCUGAGUAAAUCAAACCUCGCUUCUUUUGUCUUCAAGAAGAACUCAACUUUUCUUGUUAGCUUUUCAAACUAAAUAUGAAAAUAUAGCAAUUUGCAUAUCAUUAAAUGUAUAUUUUUUACUCAUAUUUUUUUACGUUUGCGAUAUCAUGCGAGACAAUUCAUACAGCACGUACAUGCAAUUUCAAAUCCAAGAUCAAUUAUCGAGUAUCUCUUUAAUCGAUUUACUAGGGAUUUAUUACCAUAUUGCUCUGGAACAUUAAGUGCAGGAAAGCCAUCCUAAGAUUUCAUAUUAACCCCUCGGGCAGACAUUUAACAAGGCACGAAAUAUUACAAAGCACAUUAAAAAAAACUCCUGUUUCUGUUGCGCAAAACUAAAAAGACAUAAUUUGUGCUUUCUCUAUCUUGCUGAGAAUCACCACAACAUACAGGAACAAUUUAUAGUGCAGUUCUCAAGAAUUUUGCCAUUAAAGCUCAUCAUGAGAAAUACGAAAUCCUAGGAAAGUCGUGAAGCUUUUAUAUUUUACAACAGCAUUUUUACCACAUUUGCUUCUUUCUACGUUUAGGCUGCAUCUGGCAAUUGCAUAUUUCAAUUAUUUCCAAAUAUUGCAUAUUUCAAAGAGAGAUUGAUGAAUCUUCAAUUGAAUAACAAUUGCCCAUAAUGUUUUCCUUUGGUUUCUCAAACUCAUUAAGUAUUCAUGCAGCUCUUACCCAACCAGAGCAUCUUAUUCUGGUCAGGUGGAUGGGUUUAGAAACCCAUUGAAAAACGAGGUGAAAACCACGGCGUGUUU